ACUGUUUUAUCACUCAAUAUAAGCUAAUGCUUACUCCCUCAGUUGCAGACAAAACGAGUGUUAGGAUAUUCUUUACAGCACAAUUUGGCUGAAAAUUACCUCACUUGGUCAGUGGGCAAACCACUACACGACGCGAACGUCAUGGAUUCAGACCAUGAAUGGGAACCACCAUCAGAUGCAGAGAGGAAGCUACUGCAAGCUAGACGUGAUCGGUCAGAUAAGAUCUCCAAGCUGAUGGGAGACUAUCUUCUCAAAGGAUAUAAAAUGCUGGCAAACAGCUGCCAAGAAUGUGGUACAAUUUUGCUGCAGUCCAGAGAAGGUACACUGUAUUGUGUUGCUUGCUCUGAGCUGGACAGCGAUGCUGACAAAGAUGAUCCAGUAACAAAUGAAGCAGCAGCCAUGGCACAAGCUAGAGAACAUCAAAUGGCAUCUGUCACAUCCACCACGAUUCCAUCUUCAAGAGUUGCUGUUCCUUGCUUAGAAACUGUUAAUGUUUGUACCAACGCCACAUCAAUUUUGCCUCAAGCAAGCUUUGUAUCCAGAGAAUUGAAAGCAGUGGAUGCUGGCGGCCAGAAGUAUAUCACUGAAGUGAUUGAAAAGUUGGACUGGUCAGUACAUGAGCUCAAGCACUCCCAUAAUGUUGAACAAAGCAUACAACUGUGUCAUCUAAUCAGGAGCUGUGCAGAGGCAGUAACAAGCCUGAAAGCAGCGUUUUGAGUCUUGAGUGCACAUACUUGGCUAGUUUGGGCCUUUGGUCUAAAGACUAAGGUGUAAGCGCUUUGAAAUGAGCUACCAUCAUAUCAGAAUAAAUGAAGGCUGAAAUCUAUUAAACCAUUGCACCAUGACUA